CUCAUGGUUUUACACCGGGGACAUAGUAUUUGCCAAGAUGAAGGGAUAUCCAUUCUGGCCUGCCAGAAUUGGUGACGGAAAAGCCCCCAAAAUAAGAUCCACGUCUUCUUUUAUGGAACACACUCAACAACGUUUCUGUUCCCCAGAGACAUCAGUCCAUUACUGGCCAAACAAAGAGAGGUAUGGCCGGACAACCAAACGUGGCGGGUUUGAGGAGGGCAUGUGGGAGAUCGAGAAUGACCCGGGUGUUGGCCUCAAAGGUCAAAAGAAAUCAGCUCUGGUGAAACGACUGGCAGAGAGCCGACUGAAAUUCAAGAAGAAGAAAUCAGUAAAUCGGAGGGAAAACAAGAGCCAGACUGUUUCCUGUAAAGUAUCGCUGACGACAAAUAAAAGAGAAGCUCCUGUGAAAAUCAGCAGGACUCCCAAAACAAAGUCUGAAACCGUACACGAGGUUAAAGCAGCCGUGAAUGUGUCGACACGUUCGAGAGAUUGUGGAGGACGAGACGCAAGAGCCCGUCGGACGAGUAGAACUCCGCUGGCGAGGAAAGGGAGCUCCGUGAAGACGGUCACGUCAGGAAACAGGACGCUGCCUUCCAGAAAUAUCAUUUUAGCCAGACGAGCUGCUGCGGCAAGGACGCUUUCAGCUCGCAGGAAACACGUGCUGCGAGCCAUUAAAAUGCCGGAUAUGGCGAAUCAUAAAAAGCCCUUGCGAAUCACGCGGUCUAGUGCGGAUCUGAUCGAGACCAAAGCGGACAUCACGGAGAGGUCGGUGAAACCAGCCGCUCUGAAACGCAAACGGAAAGACGGAAAGAACGACGCUCCUAUUUCUGUUCCCGCGACCAACAGCUCCACCGUGGCGCGUCCAACAGGCUCAAAGAGGAAACGGCGUGGAGAAGAGGAGACAUCAGUUCCUGACGAUCCGGAGAAGAACGAGACCAAGAGACCGAGAGCAGAGAAGGAAGAUCAUGGAGACACACACGUGAAGAGGGACGUUUCGAGCAUCUUUGAGAAGCAGGAGAGGAAAGCCGAGAGGACACCCAGAGAUGAAGAGCGCUGUAAGAUCCUGGCGGAGAAGAGGCGGAGUGUGUUGAGGUCUCUGCAGGGGUUGGUCACGUCCACCAGAGGAAAAACACAAACGAACACGACUGAAACCACAGCACAGGAGGAGGAGCAUCAGAACCGGCCCGCCAGGAAUCGUGGAGUGAGAGGCGAGAACCGCAGCCCAAUGAAACCAACAGAGGAGGAGAAAAAAGAACAAGAGCGGAACGGAGAACAGGAAGUCAGGAACACCGAUUGUGCAACCGCGAGCGGGACGACACCGCACGAGGAGCUGCAGAAACGUCCCGAGAGGAAUCGUGAGGUCCGAUGUGAGAACCACGACCGGAUGAAAGCAAAAGAGGAGGAGAUGAAUAUUGAACAGGAAGUCCAGAACAUGGAACAGCAGAACAAUAACAGCACAGAAGACGAAAGCAGAGAUCGGUCUCUGUCCAUCACAGACUCUUUACUCUACCGGCUCCAUGGUGACAUUAGAAUCUCAAUGACGCUGGACAACCCAGAUGUGAGUAAGUGUUUAUUGGCUCUGGAUGAGUUGAGUACUGUCCCCGUCUCGUCUCGACACAUUCAGAACCACAGCAAGCUCAUAGACACCCUCAGAAAG